GAUUAAAACCCAGUUAUCGGAGGCAUCAGUGGCAAGGGACGCAUGUGAGGAUCUCUCAUGCACCCACACGUCGCCUGCACCCCGCCGGAAUUAACGAGUGCUGAGUUACGUGAAUGACAGGUGAUGGCGCUGAAUUUGAAGGGGUGAACGUGAGGACGAAAACAACACCGCUAAACCACAAGGACAUCAGACCGUUUUAAAAGUGGAAGACAUAAGAACAUAAGAACGCGAUGAUGCUGUAAGACAUAAAAACGGAGUAACACGUAAGAACAUAAGAAAAGGAUAUAUUAAAAGUGCAAGACAUAAGAACAUUAGAACAUAGAGAGGUAUUAAAGGUGUAAGAACAUAAGACCACAAGAACAUUAGAAGAUAUUGAAGGUGUCAGGCAUUAGGAAAAGAAGGCAAAGAAUAAAAACAUAAGAAAACAAGAACAUAAGAAAACAGAGAAAGACAUAAGAAGGAAAAGUGAUAAACAUGAGAACGUACGUAAAAAAAAGAACGUAAGGAGAAAGACAGAAAAAAGAACACACAAGAACAGAAGAACAUAAUUAAUAAGACAAAAGAAGAGGAGGAGUGAAGCAUAAUAAUAUAGAGAAAUAACAUUAGAACGAAAGGAACUUAUGCCCUGUGCCAGCAUCUCCUCCACCCUCCUCCACCCUCCUCCACCUAUCUCCACCAUGUCACGCCAGAGUAACACGUGGAUAUGGAGGAACGUAAUCAUAGUCCUCGCUCCUGUUGUCUGCUCCCUCCUCUUUCUCAACGGGAGCUCACCGGAAGUUCGCUGCGGCUUCGUGAUGGCGGUGAUGGCCGUGUUCUGGGUGACGGAGGUGCUGCCGCUGCCCGUCACUGCCCUGGUGCCCGUGUUCGCCUUCCCGCUGCUGGGCGUGCUGGACACCGGCGCCGUGUGCAGGGUGUACCUCAAGGACUCCAAUAUGAUGUUCAUGGGCGGCCUCAUCAUGGCGGUGGCGGUGGAGCACGCUAACCUGCACGAGCGGGUGGCCCUCUUCGUCAUCCUGCAUGUUGGUCAGAGCCCCCGCCUCCUGGCCCUCGGUUUCAUGGGGGUCACCAGCUUCCUGUCAAUGUGGAUCUCCAACACCUCCACCGCGGCCAUGCUCGUUCCUAUAGUGGACGCUGUGGUGGGGGAGCUGACCAAGCUGCGGGAACUCGAGCUGACGGGCGGUAAGGAGAAGACAUACGAGGAAGAGAAAGAGGAGGAGGAAGAAGAGGAAGAGGAAAAACUAUCGCAUCACCAUGAAGAGGAAAACAGAGGAAGACACAAGAAGGGAAAGUCAUACACCAGCGUCAGGAAGGAAGAGGAAGAGGAAGAGGAGGAGGAGGUCGGGGAGACGCAGAUUACCAGAGACAAAACAAAUGAAGACAUAGAGCUUGCAGGAGGCUACCCCAUCACCCCCGUGGAGAUGAUGAAGCUGGGAAAGGAAGAAGAGGAGGAGGAGGGAAUGAAGAAACCGAACCAGGAGGAGGAAGUGGAGAUGAAGAGGAGGAUUGAGGAGGACGAGGAAAAUCGGAUAAACCACGUGAAGAAGGAGACAAACGAGAUAACGGUGGAUAUAGAGACAUUUGGAAAGGAUAAAAAUGAGGAGGAAAAGGAGAAGGAGCAGGAGGAGGAGGAGGAGGAGGAUACAAGAGCAAACCACAUGGAGGGGAAAAUAAUGAAUGAGAAGGAAAGAACCACAACCAAGAAGGAGGAAAAAGAGGAGGAGGAAGGGGAAAGAUCAAACCAGGUGGAAAUAAAAAUCAUGAAUGAAAAGAACACGGAAAGACCCACAAUGAAGGAUGACGAAGAGGAGGAAAUAAACGCAAUGAAGAGGAUGAAGGAGAGAAGAACAAGAACGAAAGAAGAGGACGAGAAGAAAAAGACAAACAACGUAGAGAUGAAACUAAUGACGAGAAUAAGGAAGAAUAAAGUGGUCCCAAUGGAGGAGGAGGUGGAGGAGGAGGUGGUGGAGGAGAGGGGGAAGCUGAAGGAGAUGCGAGGGGAGUGUCUUGCCCUACGACAUAUGCUGUUCCUCUCCGUCGCCUUCGCCGCCAACACAGGGGGCAUCGGUUCCCCCUUAGGCUGCGGCCCUAAUAUCGUGUUGAUGUCUCUGCUGGACAACACGUUUCAUAAUUCCAUGGGCCUCAACUUCGCUACCUGGCUCCAGUACAACGUGCCCGGCGUGAUCCUGUGCGCUCUGGUGGGCUGGCUCUGGUUACAAGUUCUCUACAUGUACUGUGGGAACAACCGCGUCAGGAGCUCAACGCCAGCGAGAGAGCGAGCGCUAAAACACUUCCUGGAGGGUCACUACCGCGCGCUUGGUCCGGUUAGCGCGAGGGAGGUCGUGGUGGUGGUUGCGUUCCUGGUUCUGGUAAUGCUUUGGGUGUUCAGGGACCCUGGCUUCGUCACCGGCUGGGCCACGUUCUUCAGCAAGGACGGGGAGAGAGUGAGUGUGCAAGCCGCCACGCCCGUCAUGUUGAUCAUCUUCGUCUUGUUCUGCAUCCCAACCACGAGAAAACCAGGAUGCAAGAAGCUGGAGCCGUGCCUGACAUGGGACGUGGUUCAUAAACGCACUCCCUGGGGCAUCAUCCUGCUGCUGGGGGGCGGCGUGGCCUUAGCGGAGGGGGCCAAGAAGUCGGGGCUAUCCAUGUACAUCGGGAACCAGCUGGCGGGGCUGCGGGAGGUGCCGAAGGAGGUGUUGCAGCUGGUGGUGUGUCUUCUAGCUGGCGGCAUGACGGAGGUGGCCUCGAACACGGCUACUGCGUCGGUUUUGUUACCCAUCUUGGCGAACUUGGCCAUCGCUAUCCGCAUCCACCCGCUGUACCUGUUAAUGCCUGCUGUGCCUUCCUUCAUGCAUGCCCUCUGCAGAUGCGCGCCGGGAUCGUCAUGA